UCGGGGCCCUGUCCUGUCUCCGUCUUGGAGGACCCGCCUCGGCACAGCCGGGCUCGGUCCAGCCUUGUGCUGAUUAAAAAUGACAGCAAUCAAGCAUGCGUUACAAAGAGAUAUUUUUACACCAAAUGAUGAACGCCUGCUGAGUAUUGUCAAUGUCUGCAAAGCAGGAAAAAAGAAAAAGAACUGUUUUCUGUGUGCCACAGUGACAACUGAACGCCCCGUGCAGGUGAAGAUGGUCAAAGUUAAAAAAUCCGACAAAGGAGAUUUCUACAAAAGGCAGAUUGCUUGGGCCCUUCGAGACCUUGCUGUGGUAGAUGCCAAGGAUGCUAUUAAAGAAAAUCCUGAAUUUGAUUUACAUUUUGAAAAAAUAUAUAAAUGGGUUGCCAGCAGCACUGCUGAAAAGAAUGCAUUUAUUUCAUGCAUUUGGAAAUUGAAUCAGCGAUAUCUCCGGAAGAAAAUUGAUUUUGUCAAUGUUAGCUCACAGCUCUUGGAAGAAUCUGUUCCAAGUGGAGAAAAUCAGAGUGUGACAGGAGGUGAUGAAGAAGUAGUAGAUGUUUACCAAGAGUUAAAUGCAAGAGAAGAGCAGGAUAUUGAAAUAAUGAUGGAAGGCUGUGAAUGUGCAAUCUCUAAUGCUGAGGCCUUUGCAGAAAGGUUGUCCAGAGAGCUACAGGUGCUAGAUGGGGCUAACAUCCAAUCAAUCAUGGCCUCUGAAAAGCAAGUGAACAUCCUGAUGAAGUUGCUGGAUGAGGCUUUAAAGGAGGUAGAUCAGAUUGAAUUGAAACUGAGCAGUUAUGAGGAAAUGCUCCAAAGCGUAAAAGAACAAAUGGAUCAGAUCUCUGAAAGCAACCACCUAAUUCAUCUUAGUAACACUAAUAAUGUAAAACUCCUGUCUGAAAUAGAGUUUCUUGUGAACCACAUGGACUUGGCCAAAGGUCAUAUAAAGGCCCUUCAGGAAGGAGAUCUUGCUUCCUCCAGAGGCAUUGAGGCCUGCACCAAUGCCGCAGAUGCCCUUCUACAGUGCAUGAAUGUAGCUCUUCGACCAGGCCAUGACAUGCUCCUGGCAGUCAAACAGCAACAGCAGCGUUUCAGUGAUUUGCGAGAGCAUUUUGCCCGGAGACUGGCCAGUCACCUCAACAAUGUUUUUGUUCAACAGGGUCACGAUCAGAGUUCAACUCUUGCUCAGCACUCUGUUGAACUGGCUUUACCCAAUCAUCAUCCAUUUCAUAGAGACUUGCUUCGAUAUGCCAAGUUGAUGGAGUGGCUGAAGAGUACAGAUUAUGGAAAAUAUGAGGGACUAACAAAGAAUUACAUGGAUUAUUUAUCACGACUGUAUGAGAGAGAAAUUAAAGAUUUCUUUGAAGUUGCAAAGAUCAAGAUGACUGGCACAACUAAAGAAAGCAAGAAGUUUGCUACACUGCCUCGAAAAGAAAGUGCUGUCAAACAGGAAACAGAGAGUCUUCAUGGAAGUUCUGGGAAAUUAACUGGAUCCACUUCUAGUCUAAAUAAACUCAGCGUUCAGAGUUCAGGGAAUCGCAGAUCUCAGUCAUCUUCUUUGUUGGAUAUGGGAAACAUGUCUGCCUCUGAUCUCGACGUUGCUGACAGGACCAAAUUUGAUAAGAUCUUUGAACAGGUACUAAGUGAACUAGAGCCCUUGUGUCUGGCAGAACAGGACUUCAUAAGUAAAUUUUUCAAACUACAGCAACAUCAAAGUAUGCCUGGAACAAUGACUGAAGCAGAGGACGUAGAUGGAGGAACAUUAUCCCGGCAACAUAAUGCUAGCGCGCCACUGCCAGUUUCAUCAGAAAAAGAUAUGAUCCGCCAAAUGAUGAUUAAAAUAUUUCGCUGCAUUGAGCCAGAACUGAACAACCUAAUUGCAUUAGGAGACAAAAUUGAUAGCUUUAACUCCCUUUACAUGCUUGUCAAAAUGAGUCAUCAUGUGUGGACUGCACAAAAUGUGGAUCCUGCUUCUUUCCUCAGUACUACAUUGGGAAAUGUUUUGGUGACUGUCAAAAGGAACUUUGACAAAUGCAUUAGUAAUCAAAUAAGGCAAAUGGAAGAAGUAAAGAUCUCAAAAAAGAGUAAAGUAGGAAUUCUUCCAUUUGUUGCUGAAUUUGAAGAAUUUGCUGGACUCGCAGAAUCAAUCUUUAAAAAUGCUGAGCGUCGUGGAGAUCUAGAUAAAGCAUAUACCAAACUUAUCAGAGGAGUAUUUGUUAAUGUGGAGAAAGUAGCAAAUGAAAGCCAGAAGACCCCCAGGGAUGUAGUUAUGAUGGAAAACUUUCACCAUAUUUUUGCAACACUGUCUCGUUUGAAAAUCUCAUGUCUAGAAGCUGAAAAAAAAGAAGCCAAACAAAAAUACACAGAUCACCUUCAGUCUUAUGUCAUUUACUCUUUAGGACAACCUCUUGAAAAGCUAAAUCAUUUCUUUGAAGGUGUUGAAGCUCGCGUGGCACAGGGUAUAAGAGAGGAGGAAGUAAGCUAUCAACUUGCAUUUAACAAACAAGAACUUCGUAAAGUCAUUAAAGAGUAUCCUGGAAAGGAAGUGAAAAAAGGUCUAGAUAACCUCUACAAAAAGGUUGAUAAACAUUUAUGCGAAGAGGAGAACUUACUUCAGGUGGUGUGGCACUCUAUGCAAGAUGAAUUUAUACGCCAGUAUAAGCACUUUGAAGGUUUGAUAGCUCGCUGUUAUCCUGGAUCUGGCGUUACGAUGGAAUUCACCAUUCAGGACAUUCUAGAUUAUUGUUCCAGCAUUGCACAGUCCCACUAA